UGUCAUUCUCGUGAGCCGCAUCACCGGGUAUAAUUGAUUUCGCAAAACGAUGGCCGAUUUUGGAAGCAGCGACACACCCAAACCAGCGGUCGAUCCGGAGCUGCAGGACUUCCUGAUGGCGGAGAACGAGCGCGCCCGGCUUAGUGCACAGAUCCACGAGUUUAACGACAUUUGCUGGGACAAAUGCAUGGAUAAACCGAGCAACAAGCUGGACAGCCGAACCGAAAGCUGCUUGUCGAACUGCGUUAAUCGGUUUGUCGAUACUUCCCUGUUGAUAACGCAGCGAUUCGCCCAGAGUUUGCAAAAAAGCCAAGGAAUGUAAGAGCCGGCCCUUUGAUAGGAAGGAGGAUGUUUCGCAUUUGGACGGCGUUGAUGUAAUAUAGUUCUUAGCACAGCAUAGGAUUCGGAAAGCCAAACGAUGUUUACAUAAAUACACGUGCAUUGCCGCC